GCAGUUCACGCGUAGGGCGAGAGCUCCCGGGCAGCGGCGCUCAGCUCUUCAGUAGUGUUCUACGCCACUCGGUGUCGCGACCAGUCCCAGGCUAGGCUGCAAGACCGGGUGGACAAAUGUAGGCUGUUGUGUUGUGUGAACGGUCGUUGAUUACUUAGUGGAUUCAAGUGCCUGUGAUAUCCAGUAUUAAGACUUUCUCGCAGCGUCAUUGCGAAUUUUCAUUCACAGUCCGAUAAACCCACCCUACACAAAUGUCUGUGGACAAAGAGGAGUUGGUUCAGCGAGCGAAGCUUGCCGAGCAGGCCGAGCGGUACGAUGACAUGGCCGCUGCGAUGAAGGCCGUUACGGAGACAGGCGUCGAGCUCUCCAACGAGGAAAGGAACCUUCUAUCGGUCGCCUACAAGAAUGUUGUGGGUGCCCGGCGUUCGUCAUGGCGAGUUAUAUCGUCAAUUGAACAGAAGACGGAAGGUUCAGAAAGGAAGCAGCAGAUGGCAAAGGAGUACAGAGAAAAGGUCGAGAAGGAGUUGAGAGAAAUCUGCUACGACGUUCUCGGCCUGUUAGAUAAGUACCUUAUUCCAAAAGCAAGUAAUGCUGAAAGCAAAGUAUUUUACCUGAAGAUGAAGGGAGAUUAUUACAGGUACCUUGCAGAAGUUGCCACAGGAGAAAACAGGAAUACUGUUGUGGAUGACUCUCAAAAGGCAUACCAGGAUGCCUUUGAAAUCAGCAAGGCCAAAAUGCAGCCUACCCAUCCAAUCAGGCUGGGGCUGGCACUCAACUUUUCCGUGUUUUACUAUGAAAUCUUAAAUUCGCCAGACAAAGCGUGUCAGUUGGCGAAACAGGCAUUCGACGAUGCCAUAGCUGAACUGGAUACGCUAAACGAAGACAGCUACAAAGACUCUACCCUCAUAAUGCAGCUGCUGAGGGACAACCUCACUCUGUGGACCUCGGACACGCAAGGGGAUGGGGAUGAACCUCAAGAAGGGGGUGAUAACUGAUCUGGCCCUCCGCGAGAACCGUCAAAUCCCUGUUCCAAGUAACUGUAUUGAAAUCCUUCCUAUCUUCGUACCUGCUUCCAUUCCAGUCCUUCCCAAAUCCUGAUCCUUUAUCCUUCGAUUUUGGUCAAAUCGGUAUAUUAUUAUUAUAAGGAAACAUUCACACAUCUACACGUGCAAACACAGUCUUCAGUCUACAAAGAAAAGGUUCGUUCACCUUUACAAGAAUUUUGAACAAGCCUUUCAGUAUGUGGCUUCCCUCUGUUUCUGAAAGAAAUGCUAGUGCAGCAUGCGAAUGGUUUUAAGAAAUCUACCUGAGUUGUGUUCCUAGCUGAACAUGACAUCAGAGCAUAGUAUCUUGCAGUAAUAAAAUUUUGGUUUCUCAUAGGCUACAUUAUGUAUGUUUGGAGUUGUGUUUUUGAAAUAUUUAUUGUGGAAAAGUGCAGAAGAUUAAAUUUGCUGCAAGGACACUUAACAUUGAUGUAGAAAAGUGCAUAUUAGUUGUGGAAACUGAUUUCAUUCCAGAAGCAAAGUAACCCACAAAAAUACUGUAAGAGUGCAGUUGUAAUUUGUAUGUAAUUUUUGUCUUGUCAGAUUUGUCAUGGCAUUUUUUCUCUUUCUCAUGCUGUGGAGAGACUCACAAUGUUUUAUUAUUGCAUUGAAACAAUCCAUUUAACAAGCCAAAUUACUGAAAAAUCAAUGUGCGAAAUAAAAAUCAUAAAAUAAAAUUGCAGCCUAUUAUUUAUACUAGAAUGUAAGGUAUAAACUACAUCACUUUUUAUAAAAUGCCUUUUUAAAAAAUAGCCAUCUGUUCAUAAAAUUAAAAACAUUAAGUUACAAUAAAAAUUAAAUUUAUCUGCCAAUAUCAGUUUUGUCACUUUUUUAAAUUGUUUAUAUUUAAUUUGUUCAUGUGAGAACUUAAAUAAAACGGAGGUGUUAACAAGUUAUUGCCUUCAUUUCAGUUUAGACAAAAUGUUACAUUAAUCUUGACCAACAGUUUUGAAUGAUAGUUUGCCAUUGGAAUUCAUAGUUUGGCUUCAGAGAUUGCUACUUUACUGCGUGCCCUCUUCAUGAAAUUUUAAUUUAAAAGUAAAUUUUGCAGUAAAUUGCUUACUAUCUACAUGGACAACAUUUCAAAACAGGAGUGUGAAUGGAUAGCUUAAAUAUUUGAUUAUGCAACACUUAGAAAGUUUGCUUAAAUACAUGUAAUUGUAAGAGACAAUGCACCAUAACAUUGCUGGUUGUAAUGCUUGUUUCUCCUCCUGUUAAAGUGUGUGCAUUCCCUGGAAAGUAGGAGAGAAGUGAUUAAGACCUGUUAGCCUUGUGCAGAUUUUUUUGGUGGGCUGCUUUAAAAACAUGGCACUUGGAUUUUAUUUUUUAAUAUGCUGAAUGUGCCUUUUAACUCCAGGGCCUAAAAGGUUGUUAGUUCUUAUGUUUGAGUUAAGCCUACAGUGCUGCAGGAAAAUACAGCUAUUACGGAAAGUGAAUAUAGGCUCAGAUAAGUGAGGUACAAAAUUGAGAAAUAAGUUGCUGAGAAAGUUAACAUACUGUGACAUUUUGCUUCCUAUUUUUGCACAAUGUAGAUUUCAUAUUGCUUGUGUAAGUCAUCUUGAUGUGGAUGUGUUCCCAUUCUGAAGUCUUUGUUCCCAUAUAUAAACAUGUUUCAUAUGUUUUCAAAAUUGCCCUACCUCCACCCAAUUUUGCUUCAGUGUAACAUAUUGCUAUGCAUAGUAAAUUGAUGUUUAUACUUCAUAAAUUAAUACAUUUCAAAGAGGUGGUGUUUGUAAAUAAAAGUAUAAAAUUUAAAGAA